ACCGCUGGGGCUAGUUUCGGGUCGCGGUGUAAGCUGUAUUUUUUUUUUUUUUUUCGUUAGUUUUAUGUUUGAAUUAUUAUUAAAUAAUAAGACUUAUUUUUUUGAAUAUAUGUAGUUGAUUGUUAAAAUAAUAUAUUCGUUUAUCCGUUAGUGCCUUAUGUUGUGUUUAUAAAUAAAAAAACUAAAGCGUCGUUGUUUAUAUUUUUGUGCAAGUUUGUGCAAUUCACCAAGUGAAUUGUGUGUAGUCUUUUUUUUUUUUUUUUUCUUUUGGCGUUUUAGACUCACGUCAAUUAAAAGGCAUCAUCAUGGAUCGAGCAACAAAAGCAUCAGCAAUAAAAAUGAUUAAAAAUGAUAGUACUAUAUUUAGCAAACGUUAUUUAAAUAUAAUUGAAAAAAUGGAAAGUUCAGCAGAAGAAACUGUUGAAUAUUUUAAAAAUUUAGUUCAACAAAUACCAUCUACAUUAUCAGGUCCUUUAAUACCAAAAACUCCAAAACUUGUACGUAAAAAAAUUCUUUCAAAAGUCAAUACUAUUCCUGAAGAUACUGUUGUUGAAUCAUCAAAUGCUGAAGAUACAGAAGAUGAAGCUGCACCAAUUAGAUCAAGACGUGCUGCAUCUCAAAAAGCAACAGCAACUAUUAAAAAACAACAAUCUACAACAUUAAAUGCUAAAUUACGUCGUCCAUCAGCAGACAAUCAAGAAUCAAAUCCGUCUAAAACUGUACGUACAAAACGCUUAAUGAGCUCUCGUAGCAGUACUGAAGACGAUGAAUCUCGUAGACGUCCUUCAAAAAUAAGUAAAAUUGAAGAAAAAGAAACACAUGCAAAACGUGGACGUCCAGUUAAAGUUAAAACUGAACCAGUAUCACUGCCAGCAUCACCUGAAAAAACAAUAAAUGAACCAGAAACACCUGUUAAACAAUUGUCACAACCAGUACGUCAAUCACAACGUUCAUCAGUUCAAAAAAUAAAUAGUGUUAAUAAUAAUAUAAAACAAUCUGUUGUUAUUGAUGAAACAAUGGAUGUUGAUGAUGAUGAUAUAACAAUAACUGAAAAAUCAACAUAUGAGGAUGCACUUCCAGUUGGUAAAAAUGUUCCAAUGAAUUCAACAAUGUUAAAUCCAAAUUCAACAAUGACAAUUGAUCGUAAAAUGUUGAAUGUAACAGUUGUACUUGAAAAAAUUGAUAAAGUACAAUCAAUAUCACAAAAAAAUUCACUUCAAAGUAAUAUUGGAUCACAAAGAAAUUCAGUUCAAGAACAAGAAAAAACGUAUACAGUUACAACACCAACUGAAGUUGUGUCAGCAGCAAUAUCAUCAAAAGAAAGAUUGCAAAAUAAACUUCAUGCAUUGAAACAACAAUAUCAACAACAACAAGAAUUAAUAACUGAUGAUGAAUCAUCACCAGAUAAUAGAAAAAAAGUAAAACCAGUUAAAAAUCAAAAUGAAAAAAUUCCAACUAAAAAAACAAGAGUAUUACGUUCAUCUUUAAUUAGUGAAGAUGAUGAUGAUGAGGAUAAUGUUGCUCCAUCACCAUUAAAAAAACCUUCAAAAUUAAAAGACAAAAAAUUAAAAUCUACUACGACUGCUACUACUACUACUACUACAACAGAUGCUACACAAUAUAAAUCAACAACUUUAUUUUCACCAUAUGCUAAAAAUUCAGUUAAAAAAAAGGUUGAAGCAUUUGAACAAGCUGUUAAUAGUCCAGCAAAUAAAGCAGUUGCUGUUGAUGUACCAACACGUGUUACAAGAACUAAAACACGUGCAAUGAAAGCUGCUGAAGGAGCUGAAUUACCAACACCAACACCAAUGACAAAUGCACAAAAAUUAGCACGUAAAUCAUUAGCUAAAGCUAAAAAAAUAUCAUUGAUACGUCAAAAACGUGAACAAGAUGAGAGUAAAGAGUUAUCAUCAACUGAAUCAUUAUUAAUGUCAAAAGCAAAUUCAAAAUUAGGAUCAACUGAUUCACUUGAUAAGAAAAAAUUCAUUGAUGAAGAUGAUGCAAGAUGGAGAAAAGAAGAAGCAAUGAAACAACAAAGUGAAGAAAAAAGAAAAAAAAGAGAAGAAAAAGAAAUGAAAAAUAAACUUGCUAGAGAAGCUAAAGAACGUCUUGAACAAGAAAAACGUUUAAAAGCUGAAAAAGAACGUGAAGAAAAAGCACGUGCAGCACAACAAGCACAAGAACGUAUGCGUGAAGAAGCUGAAAAAAAACGUCAAAUACAAUUACAAAGAGCACAAGAAAAAGAAGAACGUAAAAAACAAGAAGAACAAUUAAAACAUCAACGUUUACAAGAACAAGAAGAAAUUGAACGUCAACUUGCUGAACAAAAACGUCGUGAACAAGAAGCUGAAAAACGUCGUUUACAAGAAGCAAGAAAUCAACAAUUACAAGCUGCUGAACAAGCUAGAUUAAAACAACAAUAUCUUGCUAAAGCUAAAGCUCAAGCACUUGAACAACAAAAACAACAACAACAAAAACAACAAAAUCCAAAUAAUUAUAUACUUGAUUCUGAGCCAGAAGAUGAAUCAGAUGAUGAAUCAACACCAAAACAUCCAAUUCCACAUUGGGCAUCAUCAGGUGUUAGAAAACAUCAUCUUGAUAUGCAACAAAAUGUACCAAUGAAAAUUGUAUUAGGAUUUUUUGGUUCAAAAAUGUGUACACCUGAUUUAUCUGAAUUAUUUGUUGGUAUUAAAAAAGAUAAACUCACAAGAACAUCAAGUGCAAACUGGAAAACACCACCACGUUUUUCAAUGAUGGAAGAAUAAUUAUCUUAAAUAAUAAUUGUUUAUUAUUAUUAUUUUAAAUUUUCAAAUGUAAUUGCAAAAAAUAAUUAUAAUUAU